AUGACCAAGUUGCCUGAUUGCAGAUUCGGCGCAGUAGGAGGCGUGCUGCGCAUUGACGCGGGUCGCCGAUGCUCCACCGGCGACGGCCGCUUCUUCUUCAUGUGUUCUCCCAGUAACAACCAACCGGUGGAUGCUAUCGUGUCGCAGAUUCGCCAUCUUGCUCUCGAGGCCAAACAGCGUUUGCGUCAGGAGCAGGCCGCAAGACAGCAGAUGCUGCAGCAACAUCAGGAACACUGUUUCAUUGCCGAGAUGGGGUCUUCCGGUGCCGCGGAUCAGCUCCCGCCACCGGUGCCGCUGAAGGGCUCCCCCGACUUGGGAAGUGCUAAGUCCUUCUCCAAAAUGGGUAACAGGAGUCCUAGUCCGAAGGGGAACUGGCGUGGCACCAUCAACCCCGGUGGCAAUGACAGUGGCAAGGGCAGCAACGGUGGCUGGUGGACAUCGGGGAAUUUCAAGAGAGCUUCAUCAACACCAGUCAGACGACAAGUGGAGGAAAUAUUGGAUAAAACCGUAUCGCAGAAGGAGGGGGAGGAGGUUCAGGGGAACUGCUUACCCAGCGGUGCCACGGAUUCAGCUAUUUCAUUACAAAAGCCAAUGGAAAAGGCAGUGGGUAAUAACAAUGGCGUGUUUAUUGCGUCACCGGGAAAAGCUAUCGCUGCGCAACUGAAGACCAACGGGCAGUUGCAAUCAAAAGAACCAACACCAGUGACGCCAACAGCAGAAGUGAAGGAGGCAACAUCGAAUGGGAUUGCGCACCAGCUGCGCUUGUACGACAACGUGCCCACCUCGGAGAGUGGAGAGAAGGCGGGUGAAAAGGAUACGCAGGGGACGGAGGGUAGGCAUCCGGGCAGCGGUCUGGGGCCUCCAAGUACCAGGGUGCAGCGUUCAGAGGACACCAACCUUCCUCCCGCUCCGCCCCCACCCACUACCCCCCUCCUCCUACCCCGCCAACAUCGCGAGGCGAACACCAGCGCCAUCACUAUCACUAAUGCUCUCGAGGGUGAUGAGAGCAGGUCUGGAAAUUCGGUUAGAUACAACGGUGCCACUGUUAUCAACAACACACCACCAUCCGUUGUCCCCAAAUCAUUUGUCAACUAUUCUCCAAAGACCUCCGAUCUGGCCAGCUAUCGCCAAAGUAGGUCAUGA